AGCCGGUUGGGCAGAGGCGACCUCACCGGCCUGGCGUGGCGCCUGCUGGGCGCGUUAGUAGUAUCCGCGCGGCUCGGUGACUCCGCGAGCCGGUUUCGGGCGUUCGUGAUCUCACGGGCCCGUGGGUCCGCGUCUGCUGAGAUGCCGAAGAACAAGUCGCGAGCUAGCGGCCGCCGCCGCGAGCGGCCGAGGCCCAGCCGGGAGCUGAGGAGCGCCGGAGGACUCAUGUUCAACACGGGGAUUGGGCAGCACAUUUUGAAAAACCCUCUCAUUGUUAACAGCAUUAUCGAUAAGGCUGCUUUAAGACCAACUGAUGUGGUGCUGGAAGUUGGACCUGGAACUGGCAAUAUGACUGUAAAGCUGCUAGAAAAGGCAAAAAAGGUAAUCGCCUGUGAACUUGACCCAAGGCUAGUAGCUGAACUUCACAAAAGAGUUCAGGGCACGCCUCUGGCCAGUAAACUUCAAGUAAUGGUGGGUGAUGUGCUGAAAACAGAUUUGCCAUUCUUUGAUGCUUGUGUGGCAAAUUUGCCAUAUCAGAUCUCUUCUCCUUUUGUCUUCAAGCUGUUGCUUCACCGACCUUUUUUCAGAUGUGCUGUACUUAUGUUUCAAAGAGAAUUUGCCCUCCGACUAGUUGCAAAACCUGGAGAUAAACUGUACUGUAGACUUUCAAUUAAUGCACAGCUGUUAGCACGUGUGGACCAUCUAAUGAAAGUUGGGAAAAAUAACUUCAGACCACCACCCAAGGUGGAAUCCAGUGUUGUGAGAAUAGAACCUAAGAAUCCACCACCACCCAUCAAUUUUCAGGAAUGGGAUGGUCUAGUAAGAAUUACCUUUGUUAGGAAAAACAAGACACUGUCUGCAGCAUUUAAGUCAAGCGCAGUGCAACAGUUGUUGGAAAAAAACUACAGAAUUCACUGUUCUGUCCAUAAUAUUAUAAUACCAGAAGAUUUCAGCAUAGCAGAUAAAAUACAGCAAAUCCUAAACAACACAGGUUUUAGUGACAAGCGUGCCCGUUCCAUGGACAUCGAUGACUUCAUUAGAUUGCUACAUGGAUUCAAUGCAGAAGGUGUACAUUUUUCUUAGGCAUCUGGAAAAGAAUUUUUUAGACUUAAGAAACGAAUUUUAUAUUUUUAAUAAUUUUGAGAAGGUGAACAAUACUUUUGCUCCACUGGGGCACUAUGUGCUUGACUGUUUUUAAUACUAUUGUCACCACUUAUUACUCUGAAUUUUUAAGGUGGUUAAGUCAGUCAAUUCUUCUAAGUACUCAGAAGUUUUUUUUUUUUUCAUGUAGAAUAGGGCAGGGUCCAAUCCAUACAUGAUGAUCUUCGAGAGCCACAGACACAACUUUGCACUUCUAACAGUUUAUUGUGUGAAGAUGUUACUCUUCUGUUACCUCUUACUGUGAGGACCUCUUUGGGCCUUCAUUAGGCCUUUGUCCCUCAAGUAGUAAAAAUGUUAAAAUAUAUUUAACUCAGUCACAUACCCCCCAUACAUACCAUUUCUUCUUUGUAUUCAUGUGUAUAGUAAAAAGUUAUUUUUAAAA